CAUCGCAGAUUUUUUUUUUCUCUCGAAAUGAAUUUUAAUAAGGAAUGCUAUGCCUAACUUGCAUUCGGAUCAUUGACAUUGGACGAACAUUUGGGAUUCUGUUUCGUUACCGAAAGUGAUAAACGUUUGCCGCAAUCGCAGUUUUUAAAACAGACAGUGAUUGGCUGAUUAUUAACUUGAAAAAGACUCGAGAAGUGAUUAUUUGUGCGAUUGAUGGUUCUGAGGAAUGCUAUUGAAAUCAGACGUGGGAAUGGUGGCGUGAAACAACAAAGCAAAAGUCACGUUAGCACGCGUAAACGUACAUCAGGAUGCCAAAAAUCUUCCUGAUCAAAAAUCGGCUGCAUCAGCAGCAACUGAGGUUGCUGGAAGCGCAGCACCUUGGCAAAAGCCCGCCACCCUGUAGUGGUAAAGAAAGUCCUCUUGGCAGUGCCGAACCUCUCAGUCUUAUUGUGAAUAAACAUCAAUAUCGCGAGAAAACGGAUGAUGAUCGUGCGACGACCCCGGAAUCGCUUCGCAGUAGCAGUCCGGCUUCGUCUCCGCCCCCUCAAUGGCAGUCGACAAAUACUCCGGCUAAUACGCCACCUAGACGAUUUAUCUCGAGUAUCCUCGGUGGAGAUAUCCCAUAUGGAAGCAGAGGUCAUGUUUUAACCAGGGCGGAGCGCAAGGAAUACAGCAAUCCCCCAAUUGCGCCCUCUUCUAGUGAUGCUACACAAUUCCUUACGAAAUCGGAAAAAUUGGUAUUGCCUAGACCGAGCACUCCUCCAAAAACGCCUAGAGUCGAACCACCCACACGGGUCUCAGUCAUUCAAAGGGUUCCUUCCCAAAGUCAAUCUGCAUCGAGAAGAGAAGAUAAGAUCGAAGUGCCACAAACUCAAGAACCAGAACAAGAGCAACCUAUCGAUUACGCUGUGCCGAAGAGAAAGGAAGAGGACGAAGAGCGAGGCCGCGAAGGCGCAAAAGUGUCACGCGCGAUAGGUAACUCGAUUGCCAGGCCUCUCCUGGCCAUGAGACUGUCCGGUCCCCAAGUGGUCCACGCAGCCGCCGGUCACGGAAGAUCGUCUAAUUCCGGUGGAAACGGCAGUUCCGGGUCCAACAGCAGCUCCAACAACUCGGGCAGUUCCUCCUCUUCGAAUUCAGGCGGAAGUGGCAGUUACUGUGGAGGAGGAGCGGCCACAGGCGGUAGCGGAGGUGGUGGUGCUGUGGGCGGAGGUGCUGGCGGUGGAAUGAAUCCCGGAGGAAACGGUGGCCGUGGAAAUUACGGGCCAAGUUCACCGCCCACUGGUUCUUUGCCGCCGUUCUACGAAUCCCUUAAAGGCGGCAAUAAUCUGGCGAAUUUUGCGAAUCAGUAUAACAGUACUCAAGGAAAUGGAUACCUGACACCAUCACCAACAGUAGGGAUGGAAUGCGAUACCGGUCAGCAGGACGUGAACUCACAGCAUUCCCAAUAUAAUGCUCAAGAAGGCAAGCAAUACUCCCUAUUGCAAAAUGUCUGCGCCUCGUACGGUUUAACGUUGAAAGAGGAAGAAGAUUUAUCACCGUACAAAAUACAAGCGAAUGAUCUAUUAUCCGGUCAAUAUGGCGCAUAUGACAUGACUGAUACGGGAAUGAUGGUAGAUAUGGUGACUGGCGCAGUGGUGGAUCCUCUUCAAUUUACUGCUACUCUAACGUUUAGUUCACCCUCCGACCAUACCGCCCUCUUAGAAAGUCUCAGUGACGCUGCUGAUCUCUUCCUACCGAGAUUACCGGCCGAAGAUGGUAGCAAUGAUCUUUUAGAAGAAUCGUUACAUUCACCAGCUUCAGCUGGAAGUGGAAUUGGUCAAGAUAACGGACAAAUGACCACUCCUGUAGAACCAAGUGUUGAUCCUUUCCCAGAGCACAGCAUGGCUUUGACUAGAAGCUUCGAUACAUCGAGGCACUACACGGCAGCUCCUCAACAUUUCAGCACUUCGAAAUUAGGACUAACUUAUGCUACGGGAGAAUCGAGUUAUCAAUCUGUUUCAAAAGAACGACCCGAACUCGCGCUUCACAUUAAUCAGAAUCAUCAACAUCAAUCCGAACCACAGCUGCAACAAUUGCAGAUACAGGUGCAGUUGCAGCAACAACAACAGCAGCAACAAACAACAUCCACUUCACCUCAUCAACAGCAACAUCAAGGAUUACUCAGUCCGGGAUUAAGCUUCACCGGUAGUGGUCUGGAACUAGAUUCAGGUAGCAGUGUGGGUGGAAGUUUACCAAGUCCCGGAGCAGCGAGCUGUUCGUUAGACGCUGCUUCUACUAGUACGUCGCCAUCUUGCGCUUUAAUGGAGCAUGCGCCUAGCCCAGCAGCCACUGUAUCUUCGGCAUCGGUAAAUACUGUGCAAUCAACAGGUCCAACCGGAGAACCACCACUGACGCAACGGGUCGGUGUACUGCAGCAAAGGCUGGGGUUACCUGGUGACUGUCAGUUGGAGUUCGUGAACGGUGGCCACGGAAUUAAAAAUCCACUCGCGAUUGAGGGUCAGAGACAGGCAGCAGCUAAUCGUGAGGAAGAGAGAGCAGCUCGACCUCCGCCUGGCAAGGACGACGAUCCAAACCGUUUUACGUGCCGUGUAUGCAGCAAAAAUUUCAGUCUGCAACGAUUGUUGAAUCGCCACAUGAAAUGUCACAGUGAUGUGAAACGUUAUUUAUGCACAUUCUGUGGUAAAGGUUUUAAUGAUACGUUUGAUUUGAAGAGGCAUACUAGAACACACACUGGCGUUCGACCAUAUAAAUGCAAUCUCUGUGAAAAGAGCUUUACUCAGAGAUGUUCCUUGGAAAGUCAUUGUCUUAAAGUUCAUGGUGUUCAGCAUCAAUAUGCGUAUAAGGAACGUCGAACAAAGGUAUAUGUAUGUGAAGAAUGUGGUCAUACAACACAGGAGCCAGAGGUUCACUACCUACAUUUGAAAGAUAAACAUCCAUACAGCCCGGCUUUGUUGAAAUUUUACGAUAAGCGACAUUUCAAGUUCACCAACAGCAAUUUCGCCAACAUGUUGCUCCAGGUGCGCACGUAGACUCCGAUUAGAGUACAGUAUGACAAUUUAAAAUGUCGUCAUAUAAAUAAAAAAAAAAAAAAAAAAAAAAAUGAAAGGUAACGAGAAAACAUAAUUACAUGUUUCUUUGUACCUUGGGAGAAACAAAAAAAAAAAAAAAAAAAAAUAAAAUAAAAUAAAAUAAAAAAAACGUUCAAAAUUAAAAAUUAUAAAGCUAGGUUGAUAGGAAAGGGUGGGAGGGAAAUGCAUGAACGAAGAAAAUGAAUCGAAAGAGAAAAAAGGUUAUAGUUUCCUAAGAGCGAUAAAAAUAAAUAGAUAAAUAUAGAAAAUGAUAUGUAGAAUACGAAGACACGAGAACGAAAUCUGAAUAUUCAAACAAAAGAAUAGCAGAUACAAGAACACGAAAUUGUUCUUGGUCAUGUAACUCUUCAGGGUGGCCUGUUGCAACGGGACUCGCGGAAUACGGACAGCUGCGUAAAAUCAGCCUCGAAAAGCCUUGAAGCGCCACUUCAACGCUCCUCAACAUUGUUGCAUCUGGGUCGAGCUUCCAGUUUCUGAUGACUGAUACGAAAACUGACUGGGAAGAAGAAAGAAGAAAAAUGGCGAAAUGGAGAAAAGAAGAGCUGGCUCCGAUUUUAGAAGAACUCGAUCUAAAUGCCAUCGAAUCCCGAAGUAAACGUCGCGCGAAAAGUACCUGUAGGUGGCUCCCCUUUAGCGGUGACACAUAACAGCAUCGAGGGCCAAUGACGAUCAGAUUUUAUAUUAACAAAUUCUAAAAAAAAAAA